AUGCUUUUGUCUCUUCUUCCUCAGUUCCAGUUCUAUUCUUCGGCUCUUCAGCUCGUGGACGGAGCCGAUGAGCCGCUGCAGGUGGGAACCGGCUGCGACGAAGAGUCCGGUGGGCGCAGGAAGUCACCGGAGACGAACGGAGAAACAAAGACCCGAGGAGGAUUAGAAGCUAAAGAGAAGUUCUUGUGCAGGCGUGUGCGCGCGCGCGCCUCCUGCCUUCAUUUCCUCAUCGUCCUCGAGUCUGAGCAGAAACUGGAGGAUGAAGCUCGAAGGAAACGACCGUUUGUUUCAGGUUUUCAGACGAAACUCUGUCAAUCGUCGUCCGAGCGAGCUGCAGAUCAAACAAGAUCGAAAGUCGCACGUGGUGGAGCGAAAAAACUGUUUCUGACGCACGUUUUCCACCGACAGAGGAAGUUCAAGAAGGACUCGAUCGACCUGAGCCGCAUCAAAUGUGUGGAGAUCGUCAGGAGCGGAGGGGUGGCCAUCCCCUGCCAGAACAAGUACCCCUUCCAGGUGCUGCACGACAACAACAUCCUGUACGUGUUCGCUCCGAGCAUGAGCAGCCGAAGUCUCUGGGUCCAAAGCCUGAAAGACGAGAUCAGGAUCAACUCGAACCUGUCCAUGAAGUACCACCCUCAGUUCUGGCAGGACGGCUCGUGGCUCUGCUGCCGUCAGACGGCGAAGCAGGCGAUGGGCUGCGAGCAGUACCGGCUCUUUGGUGACUCUGGGAAACCGUUGCCGCAGCUCCCCGAGACCAGACGAGACCCCCCCGUCGCUGCCUCGCUGCCGCAAACUGAGGAGGAGGAGGAGGUGGUGGUGGCUCUGUACGACUUCCCGGGAGAGGAGGCGCACGACCUGAGUCUGACCAAAGGUCUCGAGUACGUCCUCCUGGAGAGGUGCGACCGCAACUGGUACAGAGCUCGCAACAAGUACGGCAAGGAGGGCUACAUCCCCAGUAACUACAUCACCGAGAAGACUUCUGGAAACCUGAAGCAGUUCACGUGGUACAGGAAAAAUGUGAACAGAAACAAGGCGGAGGAGCUGCUGAGGGAGGAGGACAAAGAAGGAGCCUUCAUCGUCCGGGACUCCAGCAUGUCGGGGAUGUUCACCGUGUCGGUUUACUCCAAGUCUGCCUUGGGGGAGGCGGGGGCCGCCAUCAAACAUUAUCAAAUAAAAGAGACUCGCAGCUCACCUGUCCUCUACUACCUGACUGAGAAACACACGUUCACCUCCAUCCCUGAGCUCAUCGAGUACCACAAACACAACGGAGCGGGUCUCAUGACCCGGCUCAGGUAUCCUGUAGGAACGCACGAUAAGUCCAAUCCACCCACAGCCGGGUUCAGCUACGAGAAGUGGGAGAUCAACCCGAGCGAGCUGACCUUCAUGAAGGAGCUGGGCAGUGGUCAGUACGGCACGGUGAGGCUCGGCAAGUGGAGGGCCCGGCACAAGGUGGCCAUCAAGACCAUCAGGAAGGGGGCCAUGCAAGAGGAGGACUUCAUCGAGGAGGCCAAGGUCAUGAUGAGGCUGUCCCACCCCAAACUGGUGCAGCUGUACGGCCUGUGCAGCCAGAAGAGGCCCAUCUUCAUCAUCACCGAGUUCAUGGAGAACGGCUGCCUGCUGAACUUCCUCAGGCAGCGGCGGGGCAGCUUCAGCCCCGGGUCCUUGCUGAGUAUGUGUCUGGACGUCUGCGAGGGGAUGGAGUACCUGGAGGCCAACAGCUUCAUCCACAGAGACCUGGCUGCCAGGAACUGUUUGCUGAACGAGGCUCUGGCGGUGAAGGUGUCCGACUUCGGCAUGGCCAGGUACGUGUUGGACGACCAGUAUACCUGCUCGUUGGGCGUCUUGUUCCCAGUGAAGUGGUCGCCGCCCGAAGUCCUUAACUACAGAAGAUACAGCAGCAAGUCGGACGUCUGGUCGUUCGGUGUGUUGAUGUGGGAGGUGUUCACAGAAGGUCGGGCCCCGUUCGAACAGAGUACGAACAACGAGGUGGUGAAGUUUGUGAGUGAGGGUCACCGCCUCUUCAGGCCCAGACUGGCCACGGCUGGACUGUACGACAUCAUGCAGUCGAGUUGGUGCAAGAAACCUGAGGACCGCCCGUCCUUCUCCUCCCUCUGCCUGAUGCUGUCGGACAUGUUGGAGGAGGACAUUUCACCGGCGGUCUGACCGACCCGGCUCCUGAACCGCUCUCACCAUCAGAAACCAACCGAAGGACAGAAAGCUGCAGCCGGACGGAGCUGAAAGCAUCACAUCACAGGAAACCAGCAGAUGUUCUCUCCUCCACAGCACGACGCAGCUGAACCUGUUCAGGACGAACUGACCGCGUUUAGGAAAUCACUUUAUGAUUUUAGCUCCAAGCAGCGGUUCUGAACCUGCGGCUCGCUGGUAUAAAAAUAAUCUGACACAUUUAGAUGCAACUCGAUGAAGGACUCUUUGGUCACUACUUUUUGUCAUUUAGAAGGACUUCCC